AUGGAAAAGUGGAAAAAACAUCGAUUAUUUGGGAUUAAACGGGAUAACUUGAAAUCCUCAAGACGACGAAGUGCUUCUUGUCCAAAUUUACAGCAGGCAGCAGAUGAUGGUAACUUUGAUGGAGAGUAUUGCAGAGUUAAGGAUGUGGAUGAUUCUUUCAUCAUCAUUGAUCAAGAUUUUGGAAAGAAUGAUAAGGAAAACAAAUCAGAACGCAUUAAUUCUCAAACAAGUGCAAGUUACAAAGUACAAAAGAAAAAAGAAAUAGUCCCAAAUGAAUUGAUAUCCAUGGAUGACUACCACAGUAAGCUGGAAGAAUUAAAAAUGUGGCUUCACGAACAGGAGAAGAAGGAUCCCAGUCUGAUGAAGUCCCCCAAGUUAAAGUCUCACUUUAAAACAUUUAUGAAGCUGUGGAACAAAAAGAAGCUACCAGCUAAAUACUACAACAGAGAUGCUGAAAAUGUUGGUCCCAAAACUCUGCAAAAACUGGCAGGUCCCUCUAAUAUGUCUGUUUGUCCUAUGGGAGAAGGUAUUGUGGCAUGUGAACCAGUUUCUUCUGUUAGUUCAAUAGGAUCAACUACGGAUUCUCCAUUUUCAACUUUUGGAAAAGCUCCGGAGAAUCCUUUUUCUAGUCCGGCAUUUUUAGCACAACAGGUAGAUUUAACACAGAUGAAUUUCACAGCUAAAGAAAGGAAUGCUCACACACAUCAUUAUGAUCAUGUUCAUACACAUCAUUAUGAUCAUAGCCAGUCAUGUAGCACAAGCCCUCAGAAAUUUGCCACUAUUUCACGCUCGACUCCAGUCACAAGCCUGUACAAGUUCUCUGCCCAGCCCUGGCUUGCCAGAGAUGCCACGACAGUUCAACGUCCUGUCUUCAGUCCAAAGUGCCCAAAGUUGUCACAAGAUCUACGCAAGUCAAACUCUUUCUCAGUUUCCAAAACUCAUCCCAGCAGUUGCGUAUCAGCUGCCUCUGAUGGGGAUACUGACCACAUGCGCGAGAAGUGGGUCGCAGGUUGGAACAAGCUCACUGAGCAAAGUCCAGUUUACGAGACUGUCCUGGACGCCGUCCCCACCACUUCCAUCUCACCAAUUUACUCCGAGAUCACCGGAGAAGUUUUCCAAGAAUCCGACUACUGCACCCUGUCCAAGUACCAGAACUGGAAGACUUCAGACAUCAAACAACCAGUUGUGAAGAAGUCAACUUUUAACCGGCGGAGAUCGAAGAGCAUGGAGGAUAUAUACACCAUGCCAGUGAAAUAUGAGAGAGAGAAAACCAAGCCAGUUCUGUUUGAAGAAAAACCUGACAUUGCAUUUCCACCACCGGUGCCUGAGAAACGUUUUAGUCCGAAAAAGUUAUUCACUACAGUUUUAAGUCCUAAACCUGUAACGUUAGAAAAAGAAAAAUUUAUUCCCGCAGUUGUCGAGCCUAUGUUUUUUGACAUACCAGGCGUGGGAGAUGAAGGCAGUGGCCAGAAAAGACGUUCCCAAGAGAGUGUGGGCUCGUCUCAGCAGGAGACCACACCUUCAAAGAAAGCCAAGGGUAAUGUGAGGCCAAACUGUGCUGGAGAUACUGUGGAGUUUCAAGACGAGGGGGAGAGCAGUGCAACUAAGUUGUCUAUCCUGACAGGAAGUCUUAGACCCACCACUAGGAAUAAAGUUAAACAUGACGACAGUCUGGAACUGCAGGCGGAAGCUAAUAGUUUUUCUAAAAGAAAAGAUGAUGCGGAGCUGGGUGUUCUACAGGUUCAAAAACUGGAGGAGUCGCCCAAAUUCCCACGGAGGAGAAUUAAGCGGCGGUCGUCCAGUCUCAGCACAACCCCAGGUAAGGGUUUAACAUUCGGCAAGUUAAACAUGUCCUCACCCAAAAGAAGAGUUUCCUUUGCCAAAGAUGUCAAGGAAACUGAAGGCAACUCUGCAGUUAGAAGGAGAUCUUCAUCACGAUCCGUUGUGCCAUCCCCGGUCAUUAUUACCAAACAAACGCUGGACAGAAAGGAAUUUGAAACUUUUUUGUCCACCCACACUUCUCCGCCUAAAAAAUCACCAUCAAAAUCACCAGUUAAAACUCAAAGUCCGGAUAAAAUAUCACCAAAAAAAUUAUCUUUCUCUGCACCUGUUAUUAACUUGAAGAAAAGAACCGAUGAGAAAUUAAAUGAAAAUAAAUUUCCAUCCCCUCCACCAGCGGAGGAAAGGUUAUUUCCCUUAUCCCCCACAAGACAAGUUGGCAGACGGGUGUCUGGAAAGCCGUCUGCCUCCCCUCAAUCUUCUGUCAAAGUGUCUGUAGAUCAAACCCUCACACGGAAUACCAGAACUGAGGGGAAAGCCAAUUCUCCUUUAAAAACCUUCAAUAAUGACUACAAACUAUCUUCGCCUGUAAAAACUAACCCCACCAAAACCCUUUCCCCUCAAAAACUUUUCAAAAGCCCAUCGAUCAAGUCUUCUCCUCCUAAGAAACUAUUUGAACCCCAACUGUCCCUAGGACUCCCUAAAAAACUGAUAUUCAAACUUGGAGAAAAGACUGCAGCCAUCUGCGCUAGUGAGAUGAGUGAGAGUGAGGGCUACUCCAGUGGGGAUGACCUUUUGAACCCACAAACUGACCAUGUACUGACCAAGAUGGAUACACAUCCCUCAGCUUGUUCAGAUCCUGACCUAAAUUUUACUCAAGAUAUGUAUGGCGAAAGUAAUGAUGUAAAUAUUAACAACCAAAGUUUGUCCCUUCUGACUGAACAAAUUGAGGAGUUUACAAGAGAUAUGAACACAGAAUUUGAGGAUAUGUUGCAGAAGCUACCCCCACCAAGUCCUGAAUUAACCUAUCAAUACAUGAGCACCAGCCAUAACAUUUCAAAGCAAGCUAAUUGUAUCAACAAAACUAAUUCCUUACAUGAUAAAAUACCUGACUCCGUAAAUCUUCAACAAGCUCCUGUUUAUAACUUAACACCCAGUAACAUAGUCUCCGGCCACUAUGAAAAUAAACCUGCUUUGUUUCAAAAAGAUGUAACAAGUACGCAACUCUCCACUGCUAUUGAUGAGUUUGAGCUGGAAGCUAAAUUAUGGAAUGAGAGAGUGGCCUCCCCUGGCAAAUCUUCCUUAUUGAAAACCUUUAAUUUUGUGGCUAACUGUAAGUCACCCUCUACCUCCCACUCACAUAAAGCUGCAGCAGGAGAAAUGUUUUCUGAGAAACACAGGGCUGAGACACAUGCUGGUCCAGGUUCCAGCCCUGAAAAUGUGGCAGUGAAAAAGUCUGGUUUAGAGAGGCUGGAGAGCAUUCGAGCCAGUCCAAAAAUUGUAGAUAACGAUGGCUGGAUCACAGAGAGGAGGAGGAGCAGUAGAGGCAAGCUGAAGCAGUCCUUUAGGUCGGCUUACAACAAGUACUUGCUCAGCUCAUCUGUCCUGGAUGAUACUUUGUCAUGCGAGGAUAGUAUCCAUGACUCUGUGGAUGAUACUUCGUCCUGUCUUAAAAACUAUGUCCAUGAAUCUGUGGAUAUUUCGUCCCAUAAAGACGUUCAUAGUUCUAAGGAUACGUUAUCCAGUAAGGACAUCAUCCAUGGUUCAUUAGAUGAGACACAUCCAGAAGCUAAGCCGCAGCAGGAAAUAAAACCCACCCCUGUGUCGGAGUACACACAGGUUUACAGAGUGGCAUCCACUGUUGUCACGUCUGUCCAGUUACCACAGGCCAGACAAGAGUUCUGCUCCAUUAAACAAAAGUUACUUCCCUUGCCAAGCCCUGUGAAAGCCAAGCCAGCCAUUCUACCUAAACCUGCCAAGGUCUUAUCUCUGGCACAAAGAAAGCUGAACGUGAACAAUUCUGGCACCACAACUUCUGCUAAACGGAGAAGCUCGGUUGAAAAGAAUAUGAAAUCCCGCAGGGAAUCCAACGCCAAUUUUAUCCAGAGAAAUAUCAACGCUGUGAGGAGAGAUUCCAGCGUGUUAAAAAAUUCACCCAGACAAUCAAUACUCACAGCACAAAAAACUGACAAACAGCUGAGCAGGGCUGGUAAUGUUGUCAAUGGAGACAACAGUUCCCUUGGCAAUAAACGUAGGAGCAGAACGGUCACCAGCGACGCAGACUCGGCUGUUCGUAGAAGAAGCAAAACCAACCCCGCGGUGGAAAAUACAGCCACAGCCAGACGCAGAAGUAGGACCAGCCAGGAGAACAGGGUCCCAAGUUUCUCCGAGAGAAGGAAGUUCUUCCAGCAGCUUCAGGUGCAGGCUGAGCCCAAACCUGCCUUAAAGCCAGGUUCCCUAACACAGCACAGAAAUAAAAUUGCUAAUGUUGUUCCAGUUACUUCCCCUGCUAAGGCUAGCUCACAGUCAGGAUUUUCUUUAGCCAAAGGGGAAACACAGUUGUAG